AAUCAAGCCGGGGGCGAGGUCCGGAGCAUUUCGGCAAAAAAAACACAAACUUUCAUUUCUGCGCACGCGUACUUCCCGUAGAGUACCCCCGAGACGAUUCCUCUCGGAGAGCUCGAGAGCGCAGAGUGGCGCCGAGCGGCCGGUGGGCGGAGCGGUGCAGCAGCUGUCCCCCUCCCGGUCCUUGCCAACAUGGCGCCUCGGAGAUCUCGCUCCGCCUCAGAACAUGACAGCGAUGAUGAUUCAUAUGAAGUACUGGAUUUAACAGAAUAUGCGAGGCGUCAUCACUGGUGGAACCGUGUGUUUGGAAGAAAUUCUGGACCUAUCGUAGAAAAGUAUUCUGUAGCUACUCAGAUUGUAAUGGGCGGUGUAACAGGCUGGUGUGCAGGAUUUUUAUUCCAAAAAGUUGGAAAGCUUGCAGCAACUGCAGUAGGCGGUGGCUUUCUUUUGCUACAGAUUGCUAGUCAUAGUGGCUAUGUACAGGUUGACUGGAAAAGGGUUGAGAAAGAUGUAAAUAAAGCAAAGAGACAGCUCAAAAAGCGAGCAAACAAGGCAGCUCCUGAAAUCAGCACACUGAUUGAAGAGUCUACAGAAUUUAUUAAACAGAACAUAGUGGUAUCUGGUGGAUUUGUUGGAGGCUUCUUGUUGGGCCUUGCAUCUUAAAGGACAUGAUGUUUGUCUUCCUGCUGGCGCUUAACCAUGAUAAACAAAAAUAGUAGCGAUGCACAGUCUUUAGGCAAGGCAAUUGGAGUCGCUCACUAAUCACUCCAGAGCAAGGUGAAUGGAUUUUCCAGACAAGAUGGAGUAUUUUACAUUUUAGGCUUUUGCCAUCUCAAGCUUGCUGAAGCAGGCUUGCUGAAAAUCUCUGCGGUAUGUUCAGGUAGCAUUCCUGGGGUGGGAGGAUUGCUUUUUGUCAUUAUUUUACUGUACCUCAGAACUCUGUGUAUUUAUUGUUACUUCUUGAUUUUCCCUUUCCCCAAUUUAAGGUAAUUUCCUUAUUCAAGUGUUUCUCAUGCUGUAGCAAAUAGUGCCUAUGACUAAAUGUGUAGGAUAUUGUGCUUCAUUCACAGAGCUAGCCAUCCUCUGUUAGAUACUGUUGCAAUAAAUAUAAUCUGUAUAUCUGUAAUUUUUUUUUGCAAGGAUGAGAUAGCAAGCAAUUGUGAGCCUAUUAAAAAGUGAAGAUCAA